GAUUGAUAACUUGAAAAAGAAUAAAACAUUUACGCCCAUACAUUUAAUAAAUGAGAAGCAACGUACCGUGUUGGAACUAUAUACUCGCACAUUUAAUAUAUGUGAUUUAAGAAAAAUUUGUUUUAUAAAAGUAGUGCUAUAAAAAUAAAAAUGCCUGGAUAUAAAUGGGUUAGAUAUACGGGUGCUCGUUACUUCGUACCUGGAAUGAUCUCAGUUGGCAAGGACUUGGAUGGUAUGAUACUUGUUGUUGGACGUGCUUACCAUAAUGGCGAUAUACUUCCUGCUAAGGUAAAACCAGAACAUGGUGUCGCUUAUGUCGCUCAUGGCGGAAAAGAACAUAUGAAGCAUGAAUUUGAGAUAUUGAUGCCCGCCGAUUUUCAGUGGAUUCCAUCAAGUAAUGGUCAUGUUCCGCCAGAUGCAGUAGAAGCUGGAAGAACAGUAGAAGGAGAAAUACUUUUUGUUGGUCGUGCUUAUCAAAAUGGUGUACCAUGUGUAGGAAAGAUACAUAGAAGUCAUGGAGUAAUAUACGUACCUUAUGAAGGCAGAGAAAUCCCAUUGAGAGAUUACGAAGUGUUGGUAUUACAUUAAUUUAUAAAUAUUACGAAACAAAUAAAAAAUUACUACAAUAUAUAA